AGGUGCCCCGAACACAUCAUAAGCCUUCCCGUGCUGUUCGCUGUGUUGUGUCUCCCCUCGAACUGCGACACCUGCUAAAAGUCUCAGCAUGGAGACCCUCACAGAGGCAGGAGCUGACCUUUCACCUCCCGCCUUCUCCCAGGUGGUCUUCAUAGACAUCCCACAGGCAUACCCACGCUCAGCCCCCAUCACCUGCCGCUUUACCCUCAAUGCUGCCUUACAGCCCAGCUCCAGGGACUGGGUGGGCAUCUUCAAGGUCGGGUGGAGCUCCGCUAAAGAUUAUCAUACCUUUGUGUGGGUGGAGCCCACUGAGGAUCCCGAGGCGAGUCAGAGGAUAACGAGGCAGGCUGUGUUCAAGGAAUACUACCUGCCUAAAGACGAGAUCGAGUUCUACCAGUUCUGCUACAUUGACAGUGUUGGACAGGUGAGAGGAGCCAGCACUCCGUUCUGUUUCAGAAACCAAGCUGAGCAAAACACAGGAAGCCUGGUGGACGACGAGCUGCUGGUGAUCACAACACAGGACCAAGUUGAUCAGAGCCAGCGGGAGAAGGCAGAAAUGCAGACAGAGUUGGACCUGCUGCGAGUGGAAAACGAUGCAUUAAGGAGUGCUUUGCAGAAGGAACGGAAGGAAAUCAACAGCUCCAUGGAGCACGAUGAGCAGAGAGUUACUGAAAUAACGAAACUGAACAGAGAAAUGGAUCAGAUCAAGGAGCACAACGAUAAGCUGAAGCAGACGCUGCAGCAGCAGCUGAAGGAGAACGACCGGUUAAAGGAAAAGAUGGCGACCCAGCAGACUGAGCAGGAAAUGCUGAAUCAAAGCUUGUUGUCCUCAAAAUCAAACGAGGAUAAAUAUGAACGAGUUUUGGCGAAGGUCAAUCAGCUGAAAGAGGAACGUGACGAGCUGAGGACGAAGGUUGAUGCUCAAACGGACGAGCUUACCAAGCUGAAUGCCAAACUCAGAGAACAAGAACGAGAGCUGUCCAAAACAAACGACAGAUUCCAGCUUCUGCAGGUGGACUAUCAGAGCACCCACAAAGAGAAGGAGAAACUCACAGUUGAGCUGCAAAGAUUACAAAGCCUCACCUGCAGCAUAGAGGAAGUGAAGAGGGAGAACCAGGAGUUGUGCAGGAGGUUGUCACAGCAGGAGACAUCGCCACAGGAUGACGUGAAGGUACAGUAUCAGGGUGUCACCAGGCAGCUGCAGGAGACUCAGGCGAAGCUGGCAUCUGAGAAGGAGGAGACCAGAAAGGCCAGGAGACAAGCUGAGGUCUUCGAAUCUGAGCUGGAAGAUGCUAAAAAACAGCUGAAAAAAGUGUCUGAAAUGUGCAACCAGGAAAGAAGUAUAAAUGGGAAAUAUGAGAUGCAAGUUAAAGAGAUGAGUGGACUGAUGGCCGAUAAGGACAUCCUGAUUGAAGACAAUGAGAAAAGGGUUAUGCUGUGGACUCUAGAGAAGAACGAACUUGUCAGAGAAAAUGAGAAACUCAGAGGUGAGAUUGAGAAGCUGCGUGUGGUUUACACAAGCCUCGGUGAUCUUGGUACUCCUGCUGCCGCUUCAGAAUCAAUGUACCUGCAGCACGACGACAUCGGAGCACCUGUCAGAGAAACUUCAGCCAACCAGAACCCGCAGAGACACCAGGAGAACAUCUAUGAGACCUUAGACAGCAUCCGGCCACCACAGGAGGAGGAGCCGGUGUUGGUGUGUCGUCACUGCCAGGAGAGCUUUCCAGGAAUAACUGAGAACGAGCUGGAGCAGCACGAGCAGAGCCACCGGGUUUGUCCCUUCUGCACCAUGAUCUGUGACCACAUGGAGCAAUCUGUGUUCGAAGAUCACGUCUACGGCCACGAGCUGUGAGGGCGCUGGUGGUGGGGAUUUUACUUAACGGUCACGGACUUCUGGACGAGCUCCAGAUGAGAUCUGCUCUCGUUCGUCACAGCAAACAUCACGUGUGUUACUUUUUUAAAUGUGAAGCAGAUCAAAAUGUCUAAAUAGGAAGGGUUGAAAUGUUUAGUUCUGUAAGUUCAAAUUUGCCCCAAAACAGUUUUUUUUCUUUCUAUAAUUCUUUAAAAUAUAGGUGCCUUUCUUUCAUCUGUUGAUCCAAAAGAAAAAAAUCUAAAGUUGGUUAGAAAUUGUUUUUUAGUGCGUAAAUCUUUUUUACAAAAUCACUGGCAACAAUCUACUGAACUCUGAUGUUAAACUCCUGCAGCCAAUACUGUUAUUUAACUGAGAUGCUUUCUGCAGGUUGUCCUGAAAUAGAAAAUUAGAAAUAAAGAAACUGUUCAUGUGAAUGUUUAAUUUUUUCAUGAUCUGCCCAGCUUUCUUAAAAUGCCUAAACCUUUGCCCGUUAGAUGCUGUGCUGUUUUAAAUCUGCAGUGAUUGUAGAAACAUAACUAGACUCAAUUCAAGACACAUAGCUGAUGGUUCUUAUUCUGAGUUAUCACUAAACAGAAAAAAGACAGACAUACAUUAAUAGAACAACUCCUGACACUGGAGAAGUUCAUGGAAAAGCAGUUUUUAUAGACCUUAAUACAUGGAUAACUGAUCAUGUUGGUGUGAAGCGGGUUGUUGUCGGUGUUUUUAAUAAAGGGAGACAUGUUUGUGGGACACCUUACAUCUGAGUGAGCCAGACAUGACGAUUUAUUUAAAUGUAAUUGUUAAAGCUAAACUUUAAUUGGGAUCGUUUAAAAUUAAUUUGUGUAAUCUUUGCUUUUUUGAACCCUGAUUUAUGUAACUAAUGCUGCCAUAAAAAGUCUUAAAAUUUGAACCUGGAAGAUGCCUUUUGAAGUAAACGAGUAACAAGCCUUAAAGGGGUUGGGACCUGUAGCUUACGAUGCAAAAAUAACCAGUAGAUGGUAACUCAAAGCUUUGCACUUUAAUGAUUUGAGAGUAAUUUGAUCGACUACAAUAAGAGCAGAGUAUUUAACGAUGUUUGAUUCACGUAUACACGCUGGGUGAAACGGGAGUGAGUUUGAGUCAGAGAUGAUUCUGUAUGAAUGUGUUAAGGAGGCUGAUCUGAAUAAAGAAAAACUCAAAACUG